AGUGGCGAUUUUUCAAAUAUGUUUUCAACGCGGACAUCGAGAAGAUGUAUAGGCAGAUUCAGCUGCAUUCAUAUAACACGCCAUACCAUAGAAUUCUUUUCAGAGAAUCCCAAAAUGAGGCGCUGGUGGAUUAUGAGUUGCAAACGGUGACGUUUGGUGUCAACUGUGCCCCGUAUCUGGCAAUAAGAACUCUUCUCCAAUUAGCAGAAGACGUUAGUUUGCAGUUUCCAUUAGCUUCCAGGGUUUUAAAGCAGCAUAUGUACGUGGACGACGUACUUGCUGGAGCUCAUGAUACCGAGACAGCAAUUCGCACGCGCAAUGAACUCAUAGAUGCGCUGAAGGGAGCUGGAUUUCCACUCCGGAAGUGGACAUCGAACUCCAGGGAAAUCCUGUCAGCUUUGCCAAAGGCUCAUCUUCUGAAGGAGGAUUUUUUGGAAAUCGACGAUGUGAGCGAGGCGAGAAUGUUGGGAAUUCGAUGGAAUGCUGCUCACGACAUGUUUCACUUCAACGUGCAAGAGAUCCCAAUAAAACCAUGCUACACCAAACGGGAGGUUUUAUCGUGUGUGGCAAAAUUAUUUGACCAUGCAGGGUGGUUGGGCCCCAUUGUGGUAGAGGCAAAAAUUCUUAUGCAAGACAUAUGGCUAACCAAGAUAGAUUGGGAUGAUAGUCUACCUCGAACCCUUUACCAGCGGUGGGAGAACUUUCUUAGAAAUUAUAUCCAUAUUUCAGAGAUUAAAAUUCCAAGGUGGAUCAAUUUCACACCUUGGAAUGAAAUUGAGUUUCAUGGAUUUUGUGAUGCCUCAGAGAAGGCGUAUGCGGCAGCGUUGCAUGUAAGAGUACGCGAACGUAAUUCAAAUAAGACCCCGGAUGUAAAUUUACUUGUAGGUAAAACAAAAGUAGCCCCAGUAAAAACCGUCUCUCUACCGCGAUUAGAGAUGUGCGGGGCACUACUUUUGCCAGAACUAAUAAAUGCUUUACUUCCGCA